UGUAGUUUUCACACUCUCCCAGAACCUUAGAAGGAGUACGGUGACACAAGAGUCUGGUCACAGAAACAUGUCACGGAUGUAAAAUUAGCAUUAAUGAAGAUUAAAACAGUGUGGAAAAUGUUUAUUACUGUGAAAUUUGGAGCUGAUGAUCAGAUUUUAUUGAAUCCCAACUGCAAGGUUGUCAAUUUAGCAGAAAGCUUGAGGGAUAAAUGCCAAUGUGGACCUGAGGUUUCCAUUGAUCUUCUGGAUGAGACUGGAAAUCUAAUAAAUCUCAGUGAUCUUGAAGGAUCCCAAGACAUUGCUACUAACUACCUGAAGGAACGACAGUCCUAUAUUCUUGUCAAAAUUAUCCGUGGUGAGGGAUCUGAGGUAGCACGCUACGAGUCUUUGCUGCAGAAUCUAUGGAAACGUCAUCCAGAAUUAGCAGAACGUCUGCAGAAGCUCUCUAAUCCCCAUGUACGAGAUAAGUGGCGAAAUUCUGUUCCUAAGAAGGUUCGAACCCCCAAAGAAACACCUUUUUCUUCUCCAACCAAAGCAAGAGCAACUUCACAGCAAAAGAACAGGCUGGCCUGAAGAACUGAUCCAGCCACGAAAUAAAUAUGAAGCAACAAAGAGUAGAUCAAAUAGCAAAUCUGCACAAUGCACUUCUGCUGAGCUAUUUAUUGUGCAGAUCACUUCAUACGACCAUCAGAUUGGAAGUAGAACAGGAACGAUUUGUUCUGCAAAAUGACUGGAAACCUAUUCCUCAUUGCUGAA